GCUUCCCUCACAAAUCUCGCCAUUCUACCCAGUCAUGAUGUCGAAGAGACAAGCUGAGCUGUCGCUCGAGGAAGAGCUCGCAGCAGGCUCCCCUGCCUCGAAGAAAGCGCGUGUGGAGGACGAAGAGCUGCCGGAGGACGACCCGCGCCGUGGAGCUUUGCCGAUUCGCCGGGCGACUGGACAGGAGCUUGAAGAACAUGAGCGCAGCGGACAGAACAUACUUGCGGCUGCCGACCAGGAAGGCGAAGAGCUAGCAGAAGCAGCGCAAGAUGGAGGUCCCGAAUCGUCCGAUGUCGAUGCUGAUGACGACAAACCGGUUAUCGCGGCCCCGAAACGUCAGAGCGCCCCCAUGGAGGGCUACAGUGACCUGUACCUCGAUACAAUCAAUCGUGAAAUUCUCGACUUCGAUUUCGAAAAGCUGUGCUCGGUCAGCUUGUCGAAUAUUAAUGUGUACGCUUGUCUGGUGUGCGGCAAAUAUUUCCAGGGCAGAGGACCAAAGUCGCAUGCUUAUUUCCAUGCGCUUGAGGUCGGACAUCAUGUUUUCGUCAAUAUGGGUACCAAAAAGGUCUACGUUCUCCCGGAAGGAUAUGAAGUCAAGAACCAGAGCUUGGAUGAUAUCAAAUAUGUGGUGGACCCGUACUAUAAUAGGGAUGAAGUGAUGAAGCUGGACAAGGAGGUUCAUGACGCAUUCGACCUUGCAGGAAAUCGUUAUAGGCCUGGCUUUGUUGGUAUGAAUAAUAUCAAAGCCAACGAUUAUCUGAACGUGGUGGUCCAGCUCUUAGCUCACGUCUUCCCCAUCCGCAAUUACUUCCUGCUGCACGAGUUCCCUCAACCAGGAACACCUCAAUUAGCCCUCCGCUUCAGUACUCUAGUCCGAAAACUAUGGAACCCUAAGGCAUUCCGCUCCCAUGUAUCUCCGCACGAAUUGUUGCAGGAAAUCGCUCUCCGCUCAUCGAAGCGCUUUACCCUCACACAGCAGUCCGACCCAGUGGACUUCAUGUCCUGGUUCUUGAACAACCUCCACCUGUCUCUCGGAGGUUCCAAGAAACCAUCCAAGACGCCUACAAGCGUUGUCCAAGCCGCAUUCCAGGGUCACUUGAGGAUCGAAAGCCAGGCUAUCACAGCCCACUCAGAUACCCAAAACGCACGUUUAGUGUUCACCGAAUCCGGCUCUAUCAACAGCCAAACGACACCCUACCUCAUCCUCACCUUAGAUCUACCACCCACGCCUCUCUUCCAAUCCGCCAACCGGGAAUCUAUCAUCCCGCAAGUCCCUCUGACUACCCUCCUAAACAAAUACAACGGAAUCACCGCCUCCGAAAAACUCGCCCACAGAGUCCGGCACAGGCUCCUCCACCCCCUUCCUCCCUACCUUCUAUUCCACAUCAAGCGCUUCAGCAAGAACCGCUUCGUCUCCGAACGAAACCCUACAAUCGUGACCUUCCCAUCCCCUCGCUCAUUAGAUAUGUCGCCAUACGUUGAGCCGAACCCAGAGAUCUGGCCGCCAGGCGAACCGAUCCUCUACGACCUCGUCGCAAACAUCAUCCUCGACCCCACUGUCGCCGCCCCAGGUGCCCACGAGGAAGCCGCAGCAGACAAAGGAGUCAACGCAGCUAGCGGGAAAGCCUCGUCAGGGGCUGGAGCAGGAAGCGAGAAAGUCUCCUGGCUUGUUCAGUUGCAUGAUAAAGCUAUGUCUGCGGAGAACAAUCGGCUUCAGAAAGAACAUGCUGGCGAGCAGCGUGGACCCGAGUGGCUGGAGAUUCAGGAUCUAUUUGUGAAGCGGGCGGAAAGCGAGACUCUGUUCACGAAGGAAGGGUACUUGAUGGUAUGGGAGCGUCGGAAGGUCCCUGGCAUGGCUAAUCGUAAAGGGAAGAACCCGGCUAAAUGAUACCGGGAUGUCUUUGGAUGUGAAGUCUUGUCAAAUAUUCCUUGUUUAAUGGCCCCGAUCGUAGGCCUCGCAAAGGAGGGGUUACUGUAUAAUUAAGAAUUUACGACGAUGAUAGAAUCAAUAUUUCUUCCGAG